AUGGCUGGGCUUGGAAGAGAUGGCCAAGGGCCAAUUGUGGGAAAGCUGGAAUCCCAAAUAUAUUGUAUAAAGUAUACGCUGUUCUGCUUCAAUGUUGUGUUGUGGCUCUUCGGCCUAUCCAUCUUUGCUCUAUGUCUGUGGAUAUGCGUGGAACCAGGUUUCAACGAGUGGAUGAAGAUACUUGAACUGCAGAAGUAUUUCAUCGGUAUUUACAUCAUCUUAAUAGGAACUCUUGGGAUUAUGGUGGUCGCAUUCCUCGGAUGUGGUUCAGCGUUGAUGGAGAACAUUCAAUUAUUGUAUAUUUACAUAGCAACGCAAAUAGGUCUAUUCGUGUUUGGUCUGAUUGGAGCUUGCGUUGUCCUAGACUUCUCGACUUAUGACUCAAGCAUCCAGCCUAUCAUCAAAGAAGUACUCGUGAGGCUCAUCAAUAACCCGCAGCACGAAGGGAGUCGGGACAUUUUGAGAAUGGUUCAAGAAGGAAUCGGAUGUUGUGGUGCUGAUGGUCCGAUGGAUUACCUAAACUUGAACAAACCCUUGCCAUCCGAGUGCCGGGACUCGGUCACCGGAAACGCAUACUUCCACGGAUGUGUUGACGAGCUCACUUGGUAUUUGGAGGGAAGGACUGGCUGGCUGGCCGGAAUUGUUCUAGCCUCUUGCAUGAUUUGCGUCAUAAACGCCGUUAUGUCCCUCGUUCUUAUUCAAGCUGUAAAGAAAGAAGAUGAUGAAGCAAUAACGUAUAAGAAUUAG